AUCACAGCCUGAAUCCCUAGCUUCUAUCAAAGCAGACAGUGAUGAGACAAUCAGAAGGCUUCUGUACAGAUUGCAGUCCUUCCUGAAAGAUAGCCUCUCAAAAGUAGCGGCAGAUAUCAGAAAGAAGAUCCAAUCUCUAGGGGAUAGAACUGACAGGCUGGAACAUAAAAUAGAGGAAUUGGCUUCUGCACACAACUCCAACGCUGAUGCACAAAAGGCUCUGGAAGCCUGGGUAGAGUCUUGA